AUGAAAAGUAUUCCUUAUGCAUCUGUUGUCGGAAGCUUAAUGUAUGCUCAAAAUUGCACCAGACCAGACAUUAGUUUUGCUGUCGGAAUGCUGGGCAGGUAUCAAAGUAACCCAGGAUUAGAUCAUUGGAAAGCUGCAAAGAAAGUUCUCAGAUACUUGCAAGGAACGAAGAAUCACAUGCUCACUUAUAAAAGAUCUGAUCAUCCUGAGGUGAUUGGAUAUUCAGAUUCAGACUUAGCCAGAUGUACUGAUACAAGAAAAUCAACUUUUGGCUAUUUGUAUCUUUUGGCUGGAGGUGCAAUUUCAUGGAAAAGUGCAAAGCAGUCAGUUAUUGCUACAUCUACUAUGGAGGCUGAGUUUGUGGCAUGCUUUGAGGCCACUAUUCAUGGGAUAUGGCUGCGGAACUUUAUUUCAGGGCUUGUGAUUGUCAACAGUAUUGCCGGGCCGCUGAAAAUUUAUUGUGAUAAAUCUGCAGCAGUUUUCUUCUCUAAGAACGACAAGUACUCCAAGGGUGCUAAACAUAUCGAGAUUAAAUACUUGUCCGUUAAAGAAGAAGUUCAGAAAUAA